AUGAACUACCUAGCGGUGAAUACUCAUAAUUCGAAGUUAAAAUCUGUAAUGGCCGACUCGAAAACAUUGUUCAGAGUCCCGUCAUACAAUGGCGACCCUAUCAAAUUGUAUUAUUAUCUUAACUGUGCGAAACAAUGGUUGGAUUCUGUAGGAGAGACACAAGAAAAUGUCAUGCUACUAUUAGGUAAAUUAGAGGGAAAAGCGGCGAUCUACGUAAGCAUGACAGAUCAUGGCUUUAAAUGGGAGCAUAUUGAAGAAAUUUUAAAACAGGAGUGUAAUAAGGAAGAUAACACGUUAAUAAUAGAGAUACUAAAUCUUAAAAGACACGGAUCAUUCCAAGAUUUAAUUCGAGAUUUGAAACAAAAACUCUUUUUUAUUAAGAGUAAGUUAUGGUACAUACACAGAGAUCCAAUUUUAGUUGAUGCCGUAAUGGUUCCUUAUAUGAACGUGGCGCAAAUCACCUUAAGGAAUAGUUUGCCGUAUCGUGACCAGAUAUAUGUGAGUUUUAACAGUUUUGCGGAAACUGCAUCUAAAAUAUUGCAGUUAGAGGCACAAGGUAGAUUUGAUAUAAAGUCUUCACAGGCUUUAGGGUCGAAUUCGAACCCAUAUCUGUCUAAUUAG